CUUUAGAAUUUCGGGAAUGUGUCAAUAAUGCAAUCACUAUAUUUAUGGUCAGCACAAUAAUGCUCUGUGUAGUGUGCCUUGGUGUCCAUUCCAUAUAGACGUGUUCAACUUUGUACUCAUGUAGCGUCAAUUAAUCCGAGAUUGCUGAACCAAGCCAAUAUGAAUUUAACCCAAGUUUAACUACUAACCACAAUGAGUUGGAACAAGCGAAACACUAGUCACAUAUCAAUUUACAACUACCCCGAGCACUUGAAUCCUUUCUACGAGGAUGAUAAUCACAAGCGGCUCAGAAUUUUGGGGUUCACCAUUAAAAAGAAGAACGAUAAUGGAAGACACAGUUUGUCGAUUGGAAACCUACAAGAUUUGUGGAAAACGUACUCUUUCCGCAAAAAAAAGUCUUCCACAUUGGGCAUAAAUAAAACAUCAGAAAGCCCGCCAACACUUAGGCGGGAUUUAAAUGAUACAUCCUAUUUAAAUUCAAGAAUUUUCCGAGGCGAUCGACACACAUCAUUACAAAAUAUUGAUACUAGAAGAGAGUCUGAAUCAAGUGGAAUGUACUUUAAUCGAAAUGAUCGCUACCGGAGCACAACACAGUUCUCUGGAUAUUCCUCGCCAAUGUCACAGAAUAUAAGGUCUUCGCAAUCUAGUCUAACCAGCACAAAUCCAUUUGAAUCGGAGCCAGAUUCAUGUCCCAACUCCCCCAAGAGUCCUAGAAAAUACCGGAAAAAGAGGAGGGCACCGCCACCACCACCGCCAAAAUCAACAGUCCCAGAUUACCUGGCAACCAAGGACAUUGAAUCACUGGCCUCUGAAAUCGAACAGUACGUCAAUAACAGAAACGAGUCCUUGGAAAACCCUACCGUUGAGAAGGAAGUCCGGAACUCAAGUCCCCCAAUUAACCAAAAGCCAGCGGUGACCAUUGUAGUUACUGAUAGUGAAAAUAGCCCCAGCACGUCCAAAACACAGAUAGUAGAUAUUAAGCAAACUAAUGGUGGAUCUGGCACAAUUGCACAUGUAGAAAGAGUGGAAAAAGUGGAAAGAAUCAAAAAAAUAGAAAGAAUCGAAAAGGUCGAAACUGUUGAAAAGGUUCCUGCACCCGUCCCGGUUACUAAACCAACCUCUCGCACAUCCCCUGUAAAGCAGGUUAAUGAAUCUGAAAGUAUAGGCACAGAUAUUGCAUCCGACCCAGCCACAGAACUUAAUCCAUGCACGUCCAAAGCACCACAGUGUAACGCAAUACAUGUAAGGCAAACUAAUGAAUCUAAAAUACUUUGCACUGAGCGAAAACAGAACGGUGGCUAUAACAUUCAGCACCAGGAACCGAUCAAUAUUGAAAAGCAAAUCGUCACGGUCGCCGUCUCUGAUCAAAAAUCAGCUAAAGACGAGUCUGUAAGAGAAGCGGAGACUCCGAAAAUUACCAAACAAUCAGUCACUAUUGUAAAUUCGGCAUGCGAUCUUAACCCAACCACAUCUAAGGCACAUCAGUCUACUGAUAAUAGCAUUGUUAAGCUAGUCAAUGAAUCCGAACAAGAUUCCAGCAUCGAGCCAGAGCAAGAAAAGAAAACUAAUUCAUUUGGCACUGUUAAGCAAAUCUCACAAAUUUUUGAAGAGAACAUCAGUUCCAGCGUUCCUAAUAAAGUUAUCAAAGAAAAUGCAGCUCACGCACGUUUAAAUGGAUCUAAAACUCCAGAAGAUAACCAUUAUGGGUUCAAUAGUGUGCAGUCCACUUCCCCAGAACCAAAUGAUUUGCAAAUAAGAGAAGAUUUCGAAUUGGAGAGGCCGGUUAGGCUGGCGGACAGGUAUUCUUUCGAUCGCAUUAGGUCAUCAAUCUCAGAGGAGCGGGACUCCAAUGCUACACCCACGCCUAGGAUGAGGAAGAAGAAAUCAAUUAAAGAGGUUCUUGAAUCCAUAAGUCGCAAUCAGAAGCUUUUAAAUGAAAGUGCGGCUAAGGGCACCAAAGUUUACAUGACUCCUUCAUAUUCAGAUAACACAUAUAAUUAUCCCAAUGAAUUAAAUAGCGUUAAUAUUAGAUCUUCUAAGGAGGUGACUUCUGCAAAUAUUUCUCCGUCAGCGGUGGAGGCCAACGAGUCGGCAACUCCAAACAAUGUGUUUAUAAGUAAAAUCACAAAGGUCAAGACCCAAUACAGAGAGUCAUCGCCUACAUCGUCCAAUUUGGAUUGGAACCCUCUGCCAAAGCCAAGCCGUGCCCAUAAUUCAGGCAACUCCAAUUUCAGCAACGGCAAUGUGAAUAAUAACUAAAAUUUAUAUACAUAACCAAAAAUAUUUA